GUCCCCAGAUCUAGUAAAUCAAUGCAAUUUUAUGCUUGAUUCUGGAUCUGCAUUUAACUUAAUAAAAUCACGGUUCCUACAAGACCACAUUACUAUUAAUAUAGAUGACAUCGUUACAUUCAAAGGCAUAUCCUCUGAAAUAAUUUCUUCGAUAGGAUCCGUUGAGAUUUUAUUACUCAACCAGCCAACCAAAUUUCAAGUAAUUCCCGACCUUGUUGGUCUUCCACACGAUGGAAUAUUAGGAAACCCUUUCUUCCAGAAAAACUCUGUCAAUAUUAAUUAUCAAACUAAAUCUCUAAGCUACCAAGAUAUAAAAAUUCCUUUCGCUAACUCCGAAAUCAUUAUUCUUAAAGCUAGAUCAGUUACCCCAUUUCAUGUUAACAUUAUUAACGUAGAAAAACAAGUUGGAUACUUACCUCUAUACGCAAUUGCCGAUAAAAUUUACCUGGGAGAUGCUAUCGUCACAAAUUCCAAAGGAAAAGCUUACUUACCGAUCUUUAAUACAUCAGACAGCGAACAAAAGGUACGAAUCCCUUCCGUCGAACUACAAGAUUUUGACACGGCAACCUCUGUUGAACAAGCUGCCUUUCCCCCUCAUUUACCAAAUCAUUUACUAAAUCCUGAGAGUCUCACACAUUUAAAAAAUAAUAUAGAUAACAUUGGAAGCGGCAUCGAACCGCUUGAAGCCAAUGUUAGUCUGGGUGAUGAAAAUAAUUCUUUACACACUGUCAAAACCCGAGGGCAUGCGACAGUUCCACUUAAUCUUGAAACCCCCCUGAACCUUAAUGGAGAUAAAAAAGAUAACGCUGUGAGAUACCGGAAGUCUCCUAAAAUCAACGUUAAUCUUGAUGACAAUCUUCUUUCCCUUCAUGCUACCGAGACCCGAGGGCACACGGUAGCCCCGUCAUUGAGCCCGGUGACUUAUAAUAAGAGUAUAGAUAACAUCGGAGGAGUCCGAAGAUCUUCUAACGAGGCCGAUGUUAGUCUUGGUGUCAGCUCUGUUCUUCAGCAUGUUACUGAAACCCGAGGGCAUUCAGUAAUUCUUGCCAAUGUUACUAAUUCCGCUAAUUCUAUUAAUUCUACUACUGCUAAUUCAGAGACUCGUUCAAACCCACAUACCAAAGGAGUCCGAGGACGUCCUGAGGUUCCUGCAUACGAUAAUCCUGUAUACUUUCAUUAUACGACUGAAUGUCAUCCCAAAUGUACUCACUCGCUCGAAAACAAUCGUACCUCAACAAUUCUUAAUCUACUCAGACUCGAUCAUCUAAAUCCAGAAGAAAUAGAAAAUAUUAAAACGCUAAUCAAUGAAAACGAAGAUAGAUUUCAUCUCCCUGGUGAUAGCCUCGAAGCCACAAACGCUGCUGAACACUUCAUUCCAACCACUGACGAUAUACCAGUUCAUACAAAACAAUACAGAUUUCCUCCCGUACAUAAAGAAGAAAUAAGUAAGCAAAUUAACGAUUUAUUAAUAAACGAUUCCAUAGAACAUUCCACUUCUCCUUACAAUUCUCCAUUAUGGAUCGUCCCCAAGAAACCUGAUUCUCAAGGAAAUAAACGAUGGCGACUAGUCAUCGACUAUCGGAACUUAAACGAAAAAACAAUAGGCGAUGCCUAUCCUCUCCCAAAUAUUACUGACAUAUUAGAUCAAUUGGGAUCAGCAAAAUACUUUUCCGUGCUAGAUUUAGCUUCCGGUUUUCAUCAGAUACCUAUGGCAUCCAAAGAUGCCCCUAAAACUGCUUUUUCGACCCCAUACGGUCAUUACCAAUUCAAGAGAAUGCCAUUCGGAUUAAAAAACGCUCCCGCAACUUUCCAGCGCUUAAUGGACAACGUUCUCUCUGGCUUACAGGGGAACGAACUCUUCGUUUAUAUGGACGAUAUCGUUAUCUACGCAAAAUCUUUACGAGAACACGAAAUUAAAUUCACCCGCUUAAUGCAACGUUUAAGAAACGCGAAUUUGAAACUCCAGCCAGAUAAAUGCGAAUUCUUACGACACGAAGUAGCCUAUCUUGGACACAUAAUUGGAUCGAACGGCGUAAGGCCGGAUCCCGGAAAAAUCAACUCAAUAAUGAAUUUCCCUACUCCCAAAACUCCUAAGAACAUUAAACAAUUUUUAGGCCUUGCUGGCUACUACAGACGCUUUAUUCCAAAUUUUUCUAAAACCGCAAAACCUCUCACAAACUUAUUAAAGAAAAACAGCACCUUUUCGUGGCAAGUAAAACAAAUAGACUCAUUCAACACUCUUAAAUUAGCAUUGUGCUCUAAUCCAAUACUCCAAUACCCCGAUUUCACUAAGCCUUUUAUUCUCACGACCGAUGCAUCCGGAUAUGCUAUCCGAGGAGUUUUAAGUCAAGGUCCCGUCGGACAAGACUUACCCAUUUCCUAUACUUCGCGAAUUCUAAAUGCUGCAGAAAAGAACUACUCUACAAUUGAAAAAGAAUGUCUAGUUAUAGUAUACUGUGUUAAUCAUUUCAGACCAUACUUGUACGGAAAACGUUUUACAAUUAUUACCGACCAUAAACCUCUCGUUUGGCUAAACUCGAUUAAAGAUCCGUCUUCCCGCUUAUGGAAGUGGCGCAACAAAUUAUCCGAAUACGAUUUUGAAAUUAAAUAUAAAAAAGGAACUUUAAAUAAUAACGCAGAUGCCCUAUCGCGAAACCCACCUGAGAAUCAUGUUUUCCCAUUAAUAAACGCGGAUCAAGACGAUUCUUCUGAUGAAUCCUUAUUCUUUUCUAGUAAUAAAAACCGAACCACACCGCAGACCCCACCGCCAAAUACUAAUAACGAAAAUCGCAUUUCAAUAGAAACUCACGACGAUUACGUAGACAUGAAUGCAUCACAAAAUUCUAAUCACGAAAAUUUAGAGGAAAUCUCCGACUAUACCAAAAGUGAUACAGAUGACGACGAAGAAUAUUACGACGAAUUACUUACUCCUAUAUCAACCCCUCAUGAACAAAUUCCGCUUCUUCCUCUCGCACUCCAAGAACCAACAAUCGAUAAAACUCGUGAAAACUUACUUAGCCGAAAAGAUAACCAUGUUAUAUUCAUAUACCUAAACGGUACUCCUUUUGAUAACGGCGCGAAACAAUAUUCAGAAGCUAACUUACUACCGAACUACGAAAACUUAACUUACGAAAGAGCUAAUGUAAGAACCAUAAAGGGAAACACUGUAAUUUCACUCCCUAUAAAAUUUAAUAAUCGUACACUAUUAGAGCCACAAACUUUAAAAAAUUGUUUUCAAUCAUUAGUAGACGUAAUAACUGAAUUAGAGCUCAAAUCAAUAAGCGUUAGUAAAACCGAAUCUUUUGACGACAUUCCAUGGUCUUACGUCCUUAAGCAAUUCAAAAUUUAUUUAACAGGAACUAACUGUCAAAUUACUAUUUGUGAAAAUUUAAUCCGAAAUCCUGAGCCUCACGAACGUGAAGCAUUGAUCUUAGAAAAUCACGCGUCCUCGCACGGUGGUCACAAAGGUGUAACGAAAACCUAUAAUCGGUUAAGACCACAUUAUUUUUGGAGCUCUAUGAAAAAGGAUAUUUCAGAUUUAAUUCGAAAAUGUAAGCAAUGUCAAAUUAAGAAGCUAACUAGAAUUAAAACUAAAGAGCCCAUGAUAAUUACAGACACUCCCGGAACAGCUUUCGAUAAAGUUUCGCUUGAUAUAAUGGGACCAUUACCAAUCACCAUAAAAGGAAAUCAAUACAUUCUAACAAUGCAAGAUUUAUUAACAAAAUAUACCGUAGCCGUACCAUUAAAUGACGCCACGUCGGUAUCUAUCGCUGACGCAUUUGCAAAGAAUUUCAUAUGCAUUUACGGUGCCCCGAAAGCCAUACUCACAGAUCAAGGAGCAAAUUUUCUAUCUUCCCUUAUGCGAUCUUUGACUAAGAAAUUCAAUAUUCAACAUUUUAAAACAACCGCCUAUUAUCCUCAGUCGAACGGUUCUUUAGAACGAUCGCAUCACGUACUAACCGAAUAUCUUAAAACGCAAAUUGACAAGGAAGAUAACUGGGACGACUAUAUUAACAUGGCUUUGUUUUCUUAUAAUACUAGUGUACACGAACGUACAAAAUUUUCGCCAUACGAACUUAUAUUCGGCAAACUAGCUCGUUUACCCUCUAGCCACCCUCCUUUAGAGUCCAAUAACGAAAAUACGUAUCACGAAUAUAUCACAGAUCUCGCGAAUAGAUUACACGAAACACGUGAAGAGGCUAGACAAAAUUUAAUUUCUGCUAAAGAAAGAAGCAAACGAUACUAUGACAGACACAUAAAUCCUCGACAUUUUGAGGAAGACACAGAAGUAUUUCUAUUGAAAGAACCAAGUAAAGGAAAAUUCUCUGAUCAAUAUGUAGGACCUUACAAAGUAAUUGAAAAUCUCCCACCCUGCAACGUAAAAAUUCUAAUUGGCAAAAGACCACGCGUUGUGCAUAUCAACAAAUUGAAGGUAGCACAUUUGGAUCCAGGAUGAGCGCCUAAUCAUUAUUUCUGUUCACAGAUGCUUUGGCACCGUCGGCCAGGUCUUCCGGCCUGACAUUUAACCACUCCUAUAAAACCAGUCGAUAAAUCACCAUUUUGGUACUGUGUACAAAACACAGGCUACCGCGAAAAAGUAACUAAUUUUUGCCUAUGUCUUAAAUGUUUUAAACAAAUUAGAACUCUUAUAAUUCGAGCCCAAUAUGAAUUCGAAGCAUCACAUUUUGCCUUAAACUCUUUAACAUACCACGAAGUAAAUUGUCAAUGCUUAAAAUCAGUUACGAAAAUUAAACCAAUUAGAAAUUGUUUUACAUGUACCGAUCGACUAUGGCAAUACCUACAUGAAAUCGAUAUAAGUGAACAGAUAAUAGAUCAUAUGAAUGAAACAACCUACGUGAUUUCACGAGGUUCCUUUUAUUAACGGGCAUGCAAAUACCAUGCGCUUGAUUCUUCGAGCAGCGGAAAAUCAAGUGAAUAUCGAACUUACUGUCUCACCGGAAACACUAAGCUCGAUCGAACAUAAUUAACACUUAUUCAAUCUAACAUUUAAUCCACAUAAUCAAAAUACUAAUAACCCAUUUGCUUAUUUAAAAUCAUAAAACUUAAUGAUACAUUAUAGAUCCCGCCGCACAAAAAAAACACAAAAUAAAGAAAAUAACAAAUAAUGCUUAUAAUUAAUUGUCCACAUAACCGAUUUACGCAAAUCUAUUUAUACUUUAAAUAUUAAUAAUUAAUAAUAAGAUCGCAUGAAAACAAAAUAGAAGUAUUAUACUAAUCAUAUCCAAUAACCAUUCUAACAUAUUAUAUUAAUCGCAUUUUAUCUACACUAAAUCCCACCGCAUAAAAAAAAUAAUAAUAAAAAAAAAAAAACAAACAUGUAAUACUUAUAUCAUAUUAAAUAUUAGUUUUAUUCUUAUUAAUAUUAUCUCGUAACGUUUUAUAGAAUACAUAUAAUCAUAUAAUAUUACAUACAAUAUAUUACUUGCAUUCAAUUAUACCUAGUACGCACAUACGUAUAUACAUACAUUUUAUUUUAUAAUUAAUUAGGUAAAAAUCGACGCUUUAUAUGACCAAUCAUAAUCGUUACCACAGGAUACGCACAGUUGCCUCGUUUCUUUUUAUUAUAUACACAUAUAUCGUUUGUUUAUUCCGAUACACAGUUACAAUUAGUUUACUAUAUACCUUGCAAUAUGUAAUCUUAUACCACAAGCGCAAUUUAUACAAACUAUUAAUCCCACUGCAGUAUAAUAAUUUUUAUUAGUUGUAGUUACCACUAAUCCCACCGCUGACAAUAAAAACAUAAUCCCACCGCUAAAACAAUAACCGAUUAGCUUAUUUCGCUACUAAUCAAUAAAUUACACGUCAUCGAUCAAUCAAUAUCGCGCUACGCGAAUAAGGCACCGGAGCUGUCUAUGCCGCCGAUAGACUUCUCAUAUCGAUUUAACGAUUUGAUUCAUUUCGCCUUAUUGCUACAAAGUACACAUAAUUCCACCGCAGUUAAUAAUUCUACUAGCUUUAUCACUACUGCUUGAUGUUAAGAAAUAAAAAUAAAAUCCCACCGCUAAAAUUUAUAUAAGCAUAUCUCACAAUUAAGAAAGGGGAAACGAAAAUACACUUAUAAAAAAAUAUAUAAAUCCCACCGCCAUUUGAAAGAGUCUCAUUGAUUGAUCUGACCAUACAAAAUAAUAAAAAUAUAUAUACAUAAUAAAAUAAGAAAUAAACAUAUAUAUAUAUUUAUAUCCCACCGCUUUACAAUAUGAUGCAAUGCUAACUACAUAAUAUAUCCCACUAUAAUAUAUAUAUCCCACCGCAAUAAAUAUAACAUAAUAAUAUUAACCAUAUUAAAUAUUACUUUUAAAGAUUAUGAGUUUUAAACUAUAUUAACCAUAUUUAGCUUUAUUUUCGCCUCCCGUAUACUUACAUACACAUUUUACGAAUAAUAAUCAUAAAUUAUCCAUACAAGGAAAAAGGAGUUACGCAAAAAAAA